UUCAAAGACAAAAGUUAACGUGAAAUUAGUAACCAAAAUCAGCUUCUCUUCUUCCUCUCCAACCCACUCUUUGAAGUUUGAGUUACUCAAAAGAAGUUGAACCGAAAAUGUGCGCUCGGCGUGGCUUGAUCUUGGCGAUUUCAGCAUUUCUAGUGCCGUUGUCGGUGGUUUAUAGUGUAGUUCUUCCAUUGCAGAGGGCUUUUCCACUCAACCACUCACUUCCACUGAGUCAACUCAGAGCUCGAGACCGUGUCAGGCACCCCAGAAUCUUGCAAGCUGACACCGGUGGCGUUGUUGACUUCCCAGUUCAAGGCUCCUCUGAUCCCUAUCUAAUUGGUGAUUCAUAUUGGCUUUAUUUUACAAAAGUGAAGUUGGGUUCUCCUUCUAGAGAAUUCAAUGUGCAAAUUGAUACCGGAAGCGACAUUUUGUGGGUUACUUGCAGUACCUGCAGUAAUUGCCCUGAAAUCAGUGGACUCGGAAUUCCGCUCAAUUUUUUUGACAUUUCUAGCUCAUCGACAGCUAGGCCGGUUCCCUGUUCAGAUCCCUUAUGUGCUUCAGAAAUUCAAACAACAGCAACUCAAUGUCCUCCUCAGAGUAAUAUGUGUGGUUAUUCUUUUCAAUAUGGAGAUGGAAGUGGUACAUCCGGCUCAUAUGUAUAUGAUACAUUGUAUUUUGAUGCUAUUUUGGGAGAGUCUAUGACUGCAAACUCUUCAGCACUUAUUGUUUUUGGGUGUAGCACCUAUCAGAGUGGGGACUUAACUAAAACAGAUAAAGCAAUUGAUGGGAUAUUUGGAUUUGGCCAAGGGGAUCUGUCAGUUAUAUCACAGUUGUCAUCCCACGGGAUAACGCCAAGAGUUUUCUCUCAUUGCUUAAAGGGAGAGGGCAAUGGAGGUGGUAUAUUAGUUCUUGGAGAGAUUUUGGACCCAAGCAUUGUUUAUACUCCACUAGUCCCAUCAAAGCCUCAUUAUAAUAUAAAUCUGCUGAGCAUUUCUGUCAAUGGAACAUUGUUGCCCAUUGAUCCAACAGCUUUUGCAGCUUCAAACAACAGAGAAACUAUUAUUGAUUCUGGAACAACUUUAACUUACCUUGUAGAAGAGGCUUUCGAUCCUUUUGUUGAUGCUAUAACCACAAGUGUUUCACAAACUGUGACUCCCACCAUGUCUAAAGGAAGACAGUGUUAUCUAGUCUCCGCCAGUUUAUCCGAGAUAUUUCCUACGGUCAGUUUAAAUUUUGAUGGUGGUGCAUCCAUGAUUUUAAAACCUGAAGAGUACCUGACACAUCUUGGUUUCUAUGAUGGUGCUGCAAUGUGGUGCAUUGGUUUUGAGAAAGUCCAAGGAGGGGUAUCAAUCUUAGGAGAUCUUGUUCUAAAGGAUAAGAUCUUUGUAUAUGAUCUGGCUCGGCAACGUGUUGGAUGGGCUAACUAUGAUUGUUCCUCAUCUGUAAAUGUUUCUGUAACUGUUGGCAAGGAUGAGUUCAUAAAUUCGGGGCAGCUUAGUGUGAGUAGUUCAUCAAUAGGCAUGCUCUUGAAACUGCUACCUUUGAGCAUCAUCGCUCUCCUCUUGCACAGCCUGGUGUAUAUGGAGUCUUAGUUUGUGUAAUUUUAAUCUCAGUGAUUCCAUUCUAUUCUUUGUCACAUAUAUAUUGGCAUGGCCAAUUUUCUUCAUAGCAAUCAGCCAGGCUUUCUGCUUCUGUCUGGAUUUCAUGUGGCUGCUUACUUCUUCCAAGGUUCCAGUUGCCAGUAAUGCAACUGUCGACUACUCCCGAUCACAGUUCAGCCUUUUGCUUUUUAAGGAUCCUCCAUCGUGAUCAAUGCUGGAACUGUAAAUUAUGUCAGGUAGUUUGAGUAUUGCACUGCCAAAUUGGGCUACCGUAUGUAGAACUGAACUAAACAGUUAUUCUCUGUCGACGUAGCUACUGCUUCUGGGUUAGCUAGAGAUAUUAGAGUUAUAUAUAUAUGACAUCAGGGUUGCAGCUCAAUUCUGUAAUAUUUGUCUAUCUUAGCAAUUCAAACUGUUCAUCUCUGUAAACUACUUUGAUCAGAAAAAUGUAAUAUUUUAAAUAGGUUUUUGUGCA